GUACCAAGGGCUUUCUGUCCUCCACGCAGGAUGGAAAACGAGUUCCCCACGCAUUGUGGAGGUCCGCUGUGAUUCUAGCAACAAACUACUCUUCCAGGCAAAAAAAAUAAAAAGCACGGGUUUUGGUGACAGGCACCAUGCGCAAUGACUGACUCUGACUCUGUGGUCGGGCCCAAGCUCUGCACAGACAUUUAGUCCGCAUCAUUUCCUGACAGCUCCCCGAGAGAGAGGAGAGAGAAAAAGCAGGGCUGGAUUAUCAGACUGUGAUACUGCAGCAUGACGGACACGGUGAUGAGCAGAAGCUCGGAUCGCUUGGUGUCCAACGACAGGCAGAGGAGCAUGCAUGCUGGGGAUAAAGAGCAGGGCAACUGGACCAUGCAGCCAGGCCCUGGUCCUGGUCCAGACCUGACAGAUGAAGAGAAAGAAAUUAUUAACAGUGUGAUCGCCCGUGCUGAGAAAAUGGAGGCCAUGGAGCAGGAGAGAAUUGGGCGCUUGAUAAACCGUCUGGACGACAUGAAGAAGACUGUGUGUGGGGAUGGACAGUCCCGCUGUUUGCUCUGUGGGGAGCAGCUGGGCUCACCUGGAGUCAGCUCAGUGGUGUGUGAGGACUGCAAAAAGAACAUGUGUACUAAGUGUGGUACACAGUGUAGCAGUCGUCCACGCGCUGUGUGGCUAUGCAAGAUCUGUAGAGAACAGCGAGAGGUGUGGAAGAGGUCUGGUGCCUGGUUCUUCAAAGGUUUUCCUAAGCAUUUCCUGCCAUCUCCCAUGCCAUUAUCUAAACAAAGAGAGGCAGGUGCCCCGGAUCAGGGGUUCCCGGACCAGGGGCCACCAACCACUGGGCCCAGGGUGGUAGUAAACCAACCACAACAGCCAGGACCGGAGCCACAGGGCCGUGAUAGUUACCCACCUGUGGCCCCUAAACCAUCAGUUGUGCGCAUGGCCGCGGGUGGGGCUGGCUCUGAAGAGGCGGGGCAGGGCAGCCCAGUGGUGAUGAAAAAGAUGGUGCCCGUCCAGAGCUCCAGACUACAGCCGGCUGCAUCGACAACCAUGGCCCAGCAGGUGGCAGGCGAUGGAGGGGCUUACUCCUCUGGUGGAGUUCCUCCUGAGCAGAGAGCUCCUCCUGCAGCAAGAGAGGACAGGAGGCAGCCCGCUGCCUACAGUGCUCCUCCUGCCCGGCAGCAACCUCCCCCAGCUGAGGAGGAGGAGGAGGCCAAUGACUAUGACUCUGAUGAAGCCACCACUCUGGGCUCUCUAGAGUUCAGUCUGCUCUAUGAACAGGAAAGCAACAGCCUCCACUGUAGCAUCCUCAAAGCAAAGGGACUGAAGCCCAUGGACUCAAACGGACUGGCAGAUCCUUAUGUCAAGCUUCAUCUGCUGCCAGGGGCUAGUAAGUCUAACAAGCUGCGCACAAAGACCCUGAGAAACACCCGCAACCCUGCUUGGAAUGAGACGCUCACCUACCACGGCCUGACCGAUGAGGACAUGCAGCGCAAGACCCUCAGGCUGUCUGUCUGUGAUGAAGACAAGUUCGGACAUAAUGAGUUUAUUGGGGAAACCCGAGUGGCGCUGAAGAAACUGAAGAUGAACCAGAAGAAAAACUUCAACGUGUGUCUCGAGAGAGUUGUCCCUACGAAGAGAACUGCAACAGCCGGGGGUGCCAGAGGCAUCGCUCUCUACGAAGAUGAGUCAGGGAAAGAUGGCGGCGAGGUCGAGGCGGGUCGGAUUCUGAUCUCCCUCAUGUACAACACCCAGACGAACCGUCUCGUUGUGGGAGUUGUGCGCUGCGUUCACCUGGCUGCCAUGGAUGCUAAUGGCUACUCUGACCCAUAUGUCAAAAUAUGUCUGAAACCUGACAUGGGGAAGAAGGGCAAGUGCAAAACACAAAUCAAGAAGAGGACUUUAAACCCAGAGUUUAAUGAGGAAUUCAACUAUGACAUCAAACACAGUGAACUGGCCAAGAAGACCUUAGAUAUCUCUGUGUGGGAUUAUGAUAUUGGGAAGUCCAACGACUACAUCGGUGGGUGUCAGCUAGGUAUCUCUGCCAAAGGAGAGAGACUGAAGCACUGGUAUGAGUGUUUGAAGAACAAGGACAAGAAGAUUGAGCGUUGGCACACCUUGUAUAUUGAGAAUCAUGUUGCUAGUGAUUAACCCCCCCCCCCAUACAGCAUGAGCUGCAUUCAUCUCCUAACUGCACUUUUUUUAAUGUUAUUGUUCUUUCACUACCUGACCAUCACACAGGCUUACUCUCUUCCUUUUCUGUGAUAGUAUACUCUUCUUUCCUGUCCUCUUACUAACAAUGUAUGUGCCUGUGCUGAUAUUUAAUCUGCCUCUGGGACAAAUCAUGUCAUAAAUCAAUUAGAGAUUUUACUAAUGUAACCAAGACAUCUGUCAACGAUCAGCUGCACGAGGACCAUCAUGCCCAUCGGUGAUGUUAUAUAGCGUGCUGAACUUGACCCAUUCUUUGCUAAAGAAAAUGAAGUUUGAAUUGCACUGGCACAGAACAAGAAUAGCAAUUUGUUAUGUCACCUGAAGUGAAAACCAUUGUUCAAAGUCAUAAAAUCCUCGAUUAAGCUC